GUGUAAUUAAAUAUAUCUAGGCCUGAAUAUAUUUUAGUUAACAUUAUUAUAAAGACUAGCGUACAAUGGACUUAGCUUCUUCUCAGGACGCUGUCACUCCGACCUAUGGCAAGCAGACGCUCACCGACAACCCAGGGGAUCACGGAGCUCACCCGUGAUGAGUUUUCAUAGUGACAUUCAUGCAAACAGAUAUGGAGCGUUCUUGUCGUAACUGAUGGCCAGGGCGUGGCGGAAUUGGCGGUGAUCGGGCGGCCGAGGAACCAGUGUGGGAUGUUCAAUCACCUUAAGGAAGCUACGUGGCAAAUCGGCCAUUUUGGGCGGGGUCGGGCUGCAACGCAAGUGACGAACACAAAAUGGCUGACAAUGGAGGGGGGCCUGAUGCAGACUUGAGGCAUUCCCAACAAUGGCCCAGAUGAAGUAUUGUACGGAUUGCGAUCGUUAUUUUCAAAGCGCAGAAGCGCUUCGGCAUCAUCGCCUGUACUCGAGGCGGCAUGAAUUUGCCCGCCCUUACGCGCAGACAACAAUAUCAGGUUCUGGAAUGGCGUUUACAGGCUUUGGAGGCUCGCCAGCUAGCUCCUUGACUCAGACAGCCCGCGGUACGGCCGGAGAUGAUCCCUCUAAAGACCUAAUAAGUUCUCUAAAAGGGCUCUACUCCAGCGGGGAGUACUCAGACCUCGUGAUAUCCUGCGGAGGAAGGAAAUACCAUGUGCAUAGGGCCAUCGUAUGCACGCAGUCCGAGUUCUUCUCUGCAGCUUGCCGCGGAAGUUUCAAGGCUAGUGACAGUCCAUACACUAGCAACGACACUAAACUAACAUUAUAUUUAGGAGGCACAAGAAGGAAAGAUUGACCUCCCAGAUGAUGAUCCUCGGCUUGUCCAUAUAAUGGUACAUUAUCUAUACCACUUCAACUAUGACGUACGGCUAUAACACGAGCGUAGUGGUUUUGAUGGGUUAGAAAUGGACGGAUACGGAACCAAUGUCAAUGAACCGGCAGCGGACGCCCUUCUGACUCAUGCAAAAAUUUACGCCUUAGCAGAGAAGUACUUGAUCAGUGGACUGAAGGCUGUCGCGCUUCGACAAUUCAAGGCGGCGGCUACUGUUUCCUUGGAUAUCGAUGAUUUCCUUGGGGCAGCGCUAGUGGUGUACGAAUCCACUAUUGAAGACGACAGAGGCUUAAGAGAUGUCGUCGUGGAAACCCUUUGUAAGCAUUCCGAAUGGCUAGACGAGGAGAAGGUGCGAGAUGUGGUUAAGGAGUUGGGAGCUUUAACGUAUGAUAUGGUUAUAUAUAUGCG